AAUAAAUAUGAUGUCAAACAACAAUAGGCGCACAAUUAGCCGAUAUUUAUUUCAUCUAAAAUUCAUAUAUAUUGUGGCAUUAAUUUUUGUAUUAAUUGGCUCAUUGGUAAUAAUAGGCUAUCAUGGUCAAUUACGUGAAAAAUGGUUAUUAACAAAAGCAACGCUAUUAUCGUUUUCAAUUAUAACGGCUCUGGUAUCGAUUGGUGGCCUAAUCGGCAGUUUUCGGCUAAACCAAUGUCUAGUCCUAUCGACCGCUUGCUAUAUGUCGGUUAUGAGCCUUGUAUUGUUGGCCAUAGUAUUCACUAGGGUAUUUAUGAUACCGGUGCUGGCCAUUGUCAGCCUUACGGCUAUCGGUGGCCUAUUAUAUUCAAAUGCAUUGAACAGGGCUAUUGUCGGCCGUACGGAGGCCAAGGAGAUGAAAACUAUUACAGCCAUUAAUUUGUCAGCAGUCGACUAA